GCAAUGAUCUUGCAUUGAAUCCGCUACAUCAUUCUCCAUAGAAAGCCUAUACCCUUCACUCAAAUUUCACAAGACGCUAGGCCAAAAGUGCUCCAAUGGCCACUGAUCCAAAAGCCAGAGAGACUCUCCCUCAACCACUGGAUUCUACUUCAAGCCCACCUCCUCUUUUUGAUGGAACCACCAGGUUGUAUAUAACUUAUAGAAGCCCUUUUGCCCAGCGUGUAUGGAUCACUAGGAAUUGCAAGGGACUGCAAGACAAGAUCAAAUUGGUCCCUCUCUCUCUCCAUGACAAGCCGGCUUGGUACAGAGAGAAAGUUUACUCCGUCGACAAGGUCCCAUCUCUGGAACAUGACAACAAGGUCAUGGGAGAGUCUCUUGAUCUGAUGAAGUACUUAGAUAGCAAAUUUGAAGGGCCAUCUCUUUACCCCACUGAUCCCGCGAAAAGAGAUUAUGGCGAAGAGUUAUGGUCUUACUCCCUCGAGUUCAUCGAUCUGAUGUAUUCCGCGUUGAAAGGAGAAACAGUCAAAGUACUGGGUCCUCCUCUCGAUCACUUAGACCGUGCCCUCAAACAAUUCGACGACGGGCCGUUCUUCCUCGGCCAGUUCAGUUUGGUGGACAUAGCUUUCAUACCGUCUGUCGAAAGAAUCCAGUUGCUCUUAUCAGACGUAUGGAAUCAUGACAUCACGUCGGGGAGGCCGAACUUAGCUUCCUGGAUAGAGGAGAUGAACAAGAUCGACGCUUACACACAGACCAAAUAUGAUCCUCAAGACAUCGUCACGUAUUUGAAGACUCGCUUCUUGGCGAGGCAUUAAGACCUGAGCAUAGCAGCUGUAACUUUUCUGUCUGGUGGGUGUGAGUUUUGACUUUGCAAGAUGCCGCUGUACCUUUUACCAAGGCCGAAGUCUCGGUUCCGUACAUUGUAUUGCAUUCGUGCUUGAAUAAUAUUUGGAUAAAUAAUGAGUGUACUGUAUCAGUACACUUUUGCUUUACCCUACGAAUGUAUACAAUCCAAGACUUUAGAGAUUGCAUCAUCAUUCCUUCUCCUU